CAGCUUUAGUGCAGGUCACACCUUCCUGUUCCAGACUCUGCUCGAGCGCUCUGUGUGUCCACACUCAGUUUGAAGACCGGCGCCAUGGAGCUGAAGCUGCUUUGUGCUGCCGUGCUGUCGGCCUUCAUGGUUACAGGAAACAACGCACAGUCGGAUGUUUGUGGCACCGCCCCCCUCAACACAAAGAUCGUAGGGGGUGAGGAUGCUCCUGCAGGGGCGUGGCCAUGGCAGGCCAGUCUGCUCAGAAACAACUUUCACUUCUGCGGAGGCUCCCUCAUCAACAACCAGUGGGUCCUGACGGCUGCUCACUGUUUCCGCAGCACCAGCACCGCUGGUUUGUUGGUUUACCUCGGACGUGAAACCCAAGAAGGCACAAAUGUUAAUGAGGUGUCCCGGACUGUGUCCGAGAUCAUCAGGAAUCCAAACUAUGACAGCAGCACGAGUGAUAACGACAUCGCCUUGUUGAGACUGUCCUCACCAGUUGACUUCACCAACUACAUCAGACCCGUGUGUCUGGCGGCGGGCGACAGCGACUUCAGGGCCGGGACGACCUGCUGGGUCACCGGCUGGGGAACCAUUCAGAGCGACGUUCCUCUUCCUUCACCUCAGAGGCUGCAGGAGGUCGAUGUUCCCGUCGUGUCCAACAAUCAGUGCAGCGAAUCCUACGCAAGCAGCAACAUCGGAAUCACAAGCAACAUGAUCUGCGCCGGUCUACCUGAGGGAGGGAAGGACUCCUGCCAGGGCGACUCAGGCGGCCCCAUGGUGAGUAAAGACGGAUCCAGGUGGGUCCAGGCCGGAGUGGUGAGUUUUGGAAUCGGCUGUGCUGAACCCAGUUUCCCAGGAGUCUACGCCCGAGUGUCAGAGUAUCAGACCUGGAUCAACAGCCAGAUCUCCACAAACCAGCCGGGCUUCGUCACCUUCAACAGCUCCUCCUCUUCCUCCAGCGUCGGUCCAGCCGCCGCAGUCGUCCUCCCCGUUCUCCUCUCUCUGUUUGUCCUCUCAUAGGAGGUUUCAUGAUGCCAGAGUUUGUCAGGUCGGAUUAAUGUAGAGUGGAAUAACUGUAAAAACAUCCAGCUGAAUGAAGUUCACGUCUCAUAUACUUUGCGAUUCUUUCGUCUUAAAACAAACAAAAAAAAGUGCAUCAAGAACCUAAAUCUAAAUGAACUGAUUAAUCAGUCUGUGAAGAGUUUUGUUUUUUAUCAUCAUAUAAAACAAAUUAAAAAAGCAAAUCCUCCUUUCUUUAAAAGCUAGAAUUAGUAGAAUUAGAGAAUCAGUCCAGAAAAGUGUUUGUAGAGCUUCAUGUUUUAUUUGUCAUCAUGACUGACAUGUUUCAUCACAGCAGCACAAUCAGCUGCUCGUUACAAGGUUAACGAGGCGCUGGCCUGAAUAAACACAGGUGUGCAGCAGACAUGUGCGCUGUCAAACAACAGGAAGUGGAAAAGAUUGACAGGUUCAACAUUCUGGUCGUUCCAGGUCUUAACGAGACCUGUCUCAUAACAAUGUCUGGCUCUUGAUCUAUGAUGCAGUGAUUGUACUUGUUGUCCCUGAACUCGCACUGUGCUGAUAUUUGUAUUCUGCUGCACACCUGUGUUUAGUCAGGCCACUGCCUUGUUUGUGUUGGAUGUGCGCAGUUUAUUGUCGAACCCUUUAAUGCUCUGAUGACGAGCUGUGACUGAAAACGCGUCAGUCAUGAUGAAAGAAUUAAAUGUGAAGCUCUACAGGCACGUUUAGUUUGACGCCACCUUUUCCACUUCUGAACUGAUUUGUUUUGUUCACACUCAGCACUUGUUUCCAUUUAAAGGAAAAUAAUUGAAUGUUUUCACAUAUUUUUGUUUGUAAAAUGAAUCAAAAGAUCAUUAAAUUUACCAGUUAAUAACUGUAUUUCCUUUAAACUAUGAAUUCAAGAAUUUUAAAGAACUAAUUUAACAAAUUUAUUAAUAUUCAAUUAAACUGUUCAUUUGUUUUCUCCUUUAACAUUUAACGUUUCCAUUUUAUGAUCAUUUAAAUUUAAUUACGUGAAAGAUGUGUCACCUUCGAAUUAAUGUUAAUUUAUAAAACAAAUUAAUUAUAAUCUGGAACAUGUUCAACUGACACAAAUUAAAAAGGAAAAACCUCUUAAAUUAAUGUUUAAUUUUACAAAAAUAAUAACUAUUAAUUCACAAUUUAAAGACAGAACAAGAAAAUAAAUUUGAACAUUUAAUUGCUAUUUUGUAUCUAUUGUACCUAUUUAAGAUGUAAUGACUGAUCAUAAUUAAACACUAAAAUGAAUAAUUACUCCAUGCACAGACUCUUAUCACAGCCAUUUAACUGAACAGGUUUUAGCCUGAAGUUGAUCCAAUAUAGAAACUAUAUUAAGUCUUUGUUUAGAUGUUGACGCUCUGCUGUUUUACCUGAAUUUCUUUUUGUGUUUUUGAGCACAAAUAUGAAACAUUUGCACUGAUGGUGGAUUUUAUAAACUUGAACCUGUGAUGUGACGGUGAAGAAACAUCUGUCAACUCUAAUACCUCUUUAUUUUCUUAUUGAUCCGUUACUGUAACUUUUUUGCCUUCUGAUUACUUUUGCACUGAGAAACUGCAACUGUGAUUUACUGUCUAUGCAUAGCUUACAUGAAGUACGUCAAAAUUAUAUUCACAGUUGGAUUAUAUUGGAUUGCACUGUACAGGUGUUCCUACUUGUUUGGUAUCUGUGUGUAAAGGUGUUUUUAAAGUGAAUGUUUUUGAAUGCAUUUUAAGAACAAUAUUAAAUGAUUUGUAUCUUGGGCCUUUUGACUGUAUAAUGUUAAAUAAAUUCUUUUUUUCUUAA